AUGGCUGACAAAUCAUACGAUUCUUUAAAAGAAAAUUUUCUGCAUGAAAUGGAUUUCAUCAGUAACCUUGGCGUAAAAAUGUUCAUAUAUCCUUUUGUAGGCAGAUCCAAGCUUGCCACUUACUGUUACCACAUCACAUAUGGACUCUUAUUUUUCACAAUGACCCAAUUAAUGAUUACUCUAACCUUAAUUUGUAUUAAUGACAUCGACGUUUUCGAGAUCAUCAAUGUGGCUCCGAACAUCGGAGUCUGUCUCAUGAUUCUGAUCAAAUACGGGAAAAUUCAUGACAAUAAAGUGCUGUAUGAUCAAAUUAACAAACAUUUUCGAUUUGAUAUAUGGGAUGCUAUUUCGGAUACACCAGCCCACAAAGAGAUUUUAAAUAAUAGUACAUGGAUGACUAAGAUUAUAUUGAGAUUUGAGUUCUACUACACUAUUGGCUUGGUUAUCGUCAUUGAUUUGUUUCCAAGACUUAUCAUGGUUUACCAGAACAAUAUUUUGGGGAAAGAAAAACAGUACUUAUACCCGUUUGACGGUUGGUACCCGUUUGAUAAGAUUCAAUGGUAUGACGCUGCAUAUAUCUGGGAAAGUUUCAUGACAACAGUCGUAAUUUUUGUCUUCGUUUAUGUUAAUAUGCUCCAUAUGUCUUACACACGAUUUAUUUGUUUAGAAUUAAAAAUACUUGGUAGUUCCAUGGAAGGACUAAUUAGCAAUGAAGAAGUUGUUAAAAUCAAGAAACGUAAAGAUGUCGAUAGAAUACAUUGCAACAUUAGGAAAAAACUAAAAUUUAUAAUUUGUAAGCAUCAGUUUUUGGACAGAAUAGUAUCUGAUUUAGAUGAAGUUCUGGGUGAUGGCAUGUUUUUGACAUACUUAUUUGGAUCUGUAUUCAUUUGCUUGACUAUAUUUACAGCAACGGUCGUGGAUAAUCUCUACAAAUCUAUGAGAUAUUUUUCCUUCUUUUGUUCUUUGCUUGUGGAAGUUUUCAUCCAGUGUAUAAUAGGACAACUUCUUAUAGAUCACAGUAAUAAACUAGAAAGAGCCAUAUACUUCGCAGACUGGGUGUAUGCUGAUUCAGAUACAAAAAAGAUGUUGCUAAUAUUCUUGAUGCGUUCACAAAAACCUUUCGGUUUGAGCGCAAAGGGCUACUUGACUAUGAAUUUAGACACUUUUAGUGGGGUCUGCAGCUUGUCCUACCAGUUUUUCAAUUUACUGCGCACUGCAUACUCGGAGUAA